CUAGGUCCAUGCAGUGCCGCAGGGGGCAUCGGAUUCCCCCCUUCGGGGCCUCCCACGUCCAGGGAGUAUGGCAAAGUAAUCGACCUCGCACAGGACUUUACGCACGGACUUCCGCAGACGUUUCGGCGCAGGGUGAGCCGGGUCGGGCGAGCUGCCCUACGACCCGAGAAGAUGAUGCAGCUGUGCCCCCGCACAGCCCCAGGAUGCUCAAGGCAUGUUGCCGACGGCAGCGCUCGAUCCAGGAAUCGUGUUCGCGCUGUCCGUGUUCGGCGGCGUAUGCCGGGUCGUGGCCGCCACGGGGGGGGCGAUGAUGUUCACGCUGUGUUGGUCGUUGGCCGGUGACUUGGGCCUGACCUCUGGUUCGGUGAAGGACGCGGCCGCCGUUCUCGUCUUUUGGGACUUGGCCAGCAUCGGGAUGGUCUGGGCGCAGAGGAGGUCCAUCAAUCUGGCGUUCGCGCUGACGGUUUGCCUGCCCUGGGGUGUAUGUGAGAUGGCCGGCACAGCCUUCUUGAUACGCCAGGGCGGGUCACCAUGGUUCAACGCUCCCUCGGCCUCCUGCUGCUCGGCGUGCUCGCCGUCGACCGGCUCGGCCCGCGGGGGCACGGCGCGCGGCCGGCCGAGGCAGCGCCGCCCGCCGGCGCGCCGGGCGGGGCCCUGGCGGCGUCGUCGGCGGGCGGCCUUCCGGACGCUCGUCUUGAACCGCCGAUCCUCGGCCGCCCUGCCACGCCGCACGCGGCCGCAAAGAGCGAGCAGCCUGGGCCGCGGCCCGGGCGCGCUCCCGCGGCCGCGGGUGCGCGCUACAGCGUGCGCGGGCGGGCGCAGCUCGGCUGGGCGCUCUUCCUCGGAGUCGCGGGCGGCCUGCUGAAGGCGCACGGUGGCGGAUAUUCACAGUUCCUAUGCCGGCAAUUUCCGCGUUCGUCUUGUUCUCGGGGAUCGAGAAAGACGAGUGGCGUUGCAACGGCGUGCUCAUUGCGUGGCUGACGACGCCCCCCAAGGCGUGGUAUUUCUUCGUUGUGCGCGCACAGUUUGAGGCCUCCCACACAUGGGGUACGCCGCUGCCGCGAUCGGGGCCGUCGCCGCCAUACCCAUCGGGACGCACGUCGCCAGCUUCGUCGACAAGGACCUCUUCAGGGACUGGAUCCGCGUGUUGACAUUCGGCGGCGCGCCGAGGGGGGAAGGUCGAGUAAGAGAUCGACUACGAGUAGGAAGUCGACUACUGAUUUUUUGUUCGACGAAUCUGCGCAUGCAUGCGCAGAAUGUUCGUAGAUCUACCGAACCAUGAUCGCAGUCUUCGUCAUUGCGCAAUUCGGUGUUGGGGUCAAAGCGAAUUUUCCAGUAGGUAGGUAGGCAGGCAGGCAGGCAGGCAGGCAGGCAGGUAGGUAGGUAGGUAGGUAGGUAGGUGUGCUCCCUUUGAGCUGGCGGCGGAGGCGUCGGACGGCGCUUCCUUUUAGCAAGGAGCCACGACCCGGAGAGGGUUCGGAAGCGACCUUGCUGCGACGGCUCGUGAAGACAAAGCGCCCGCCCUCGCUACCCUCCCCCCCUGGGCGGCGCGCGGCCCAUACAUGCACUGGAGCCGCCUCGCUGUGCGCCUUCGCCACGGGCGUGCAGCUUCCGGCCGCGUUCCUCGCGCUGCUGUUGGCGUCCAUGAGCGCGUUGCGUGAGCACCAGCGGCGCAGCCAGGACCAGGCGGUCCGAGCGGCUUCCUCGGCGUGCGACUUCUGUACCUGACCAGCGGCGAUCGAUCUCUGUGGCGCGGAGUGGGGUUGCCUUUGAUGUUUCUGGUGCAGGGCACCCUUGAUCAACGUGCUACGUUGUCAAGGCGGACUCAAUGGUGGGCUGGUGUAGGAGCUUGGCGAGCAGAGGUAGUUUGCCAUAGUCCCAAUCCGAAAA